AGCCAAGGUUGUGAAGAAGCUACUGAAGAAUGCAGCCCAAGAAUUAAUGAACAGGCCAGUUAUGCUGUAAAUAAACUUCGCCAGCUAAAUGACAAGCUUGAGUAUAAGAAACAGGCUCUAAAUUCCAUAUGUAAUUCACCAAAACCCGACAAAAAGAUUGUUUCUAAGCUGAAGGAUGAAAUUACUCUGAUGGAGAGAGAGCAUAAUGACCUUCAGCUGCACAUUGCAAGAACGGACUGGUGGUGUGAGAAUCUUGGCAUGUGGAAAGCCUUCAUUGUCUCAGGCGAGGUUUUAGAAGAGAAUGGAGAACAAGUGCCCUGUUACUCUGUCAUGGUGAGUUUACAAGAAGUUGGUGGAGCUGAAACUAAGAACUGGACUGUUCCCAGGAAGCUCAGUGAGUUUCAGAACCUACACCGGAAACUCAGUGAGUGUUUUCCAUCAUUAAAGAAAGUUCAGUUGCCUUCCCUCAGCAAGCUGCCCUUCAAAUCCAUAGACCAGAAAUUCAUGGAGAAAUCCAAGAACCAGCUUAAUAACUUUCUGCAGAAAUUGCUCUCUGAUGAAAGACUCUGCCAGAGUGAAGCACUUUACGCCUUCUUGAGCCCUUCCCCAGAGCACCUCAAAGUUAUUGAUGUGCAAGGAAAGAAGUCAUCUUUUUCACUCUCCUCAUUUCUAGAGCGACUUCCUGGUGAUUUGUUUUCUCAUCAGGAGGAAGAAACGGAAGAGGAUAGUGACCUGUCAGACUACGGAGAGGAGGUGGAUGGGAAAAGGGACUCUCUUGCUGAACCAUGUUUCAUGCUGAUUGGAGAGAUUUUUGAGCUGCGAGGAAUGUUCAAGUGGGUCAGAAAAACAUUA